AUGUUUGCCCACAGCAUGGACAACAGCAGCGCUCCUUUUCUUCUCCCUACCUUACUGCUCCUGCUGCACAACAAGAGCUACCCCGAAACCUCCAUCCCUCCUGCUGCCUACGAGGUCACCGAGUCACCCAGAGGAGCCAUUUCAAGCAGGAACCACACUGGCUGGCAAUAUGGACUGAGGCCAGGGGAAAUUGCAGCAGCCAGCAUGGUUUUGGGAGCACUGUGGUUGGUUUCCAUCUUUGGCAACUGUCUCGUCUGCAUAGUGAUUCACAGGAGCAGGAGGACACAAUCCACCACCAACUACUUUGUUGUCUCCAUGGCUACUGCAGACCUUCUCCUCAGUGUCGCAAGUGUGCCCUUCGUGCUGCUCCAGUUUACCUGGGGCGGCUGGAUGCUGGGGAACGUCAUGUGCAAGCUGGUGAGGUACAUCCAGUAUCUCACCCCAGCAGUCCAGAUAUACGUGCUCCUCUCCAUAUGUGUGGAUCGAUUCUACACUAUCGUUUACCCCCUGAGCUUCAAAGUGUCAAGAGAGAAAGCCAAGAAAAUGAUUCUGGCCUCUUGGCUCUUUGACACUGUAUUUGUAUCACCGGUUUUCUUUUUCUAUGGCUCCAACAGCAAUGACCACUGCAACUUUUUUCUCCCCAAUUCGUGGGAAGGAGUCAUCUACGCUGUCGUCCACCUCUUGGUAGUGUUUUUGAUCCCAUCCAUCCUCAUUUUCCUCUUCUACCAGAAGGUUGUCAAGUACAUUUGGAGAAUAGGCACCGAUGGAAUGACUGUCAGGAGGACAAUGAAUACUGUCCCAAGAACAAAAGUAAAAACCAUCAAGAUGUUCUUAAUCUUAAACUCGGUCUUUCUCCUCUCCUGGCUCCCUUUUUACCUGGUACAGCUGUGG